AGCAAUAAUAAUCGAAAUGGUCGAAUGAAAUGAAUAAUGGCGAAAAAACUUAUGAAGUUGAAUGUUGUUCCAAAUAGAACAAGAUCAUUCUCCUCUGAAACUCCAUCUCUUUACUCAUUUCUUCAACCUUCUUUAUUCAAAUUUAAUCUCCAUAAUGAUAAUGAUAAUGAUAAUGAACCCCAUAAUCUCCCAACUUCACCACCCCAAUCACUCUCUCUUACACAUCAACAACUCACCACUCUUCAAACAACUCUCCACAAAUCCCUUAUCACUUCUCAAACCGACGAAGCUUGGAAAUCUUUCAAAACCCUAACAACCCAUCAUUCCUUCCCACCUAAACCCCUCACUAAUUCCCUUCUCACCCACUUAUCCUCUCUUCCUGACAACAUUCUCAAUCUCAAAAGAGCUUUCGCUUCAACCCUCUUUCUCAUUCAAAAACACCCCAACCUCCUCGAAUUCAAUACAAUUCAUGCCAUCCUUCUUUCCAUUAAAUCUGCCAACACUGCUCCCCCUGCUUUUUCACUUGUCAGAUCAAUGUUCAAAUAUCGUUUUUUCAUUCCUUUUCAUUUGUGGGGCGGCGUGCUCGUUGAUAUUGCUAGAAACAAUGACAACCUUGCUGCCUUUUUACCUCUUUUUGAAGAAAACUGCAGGGUUGCUUUCGAUGAGAAACUGGAGUUUAUGAUACCUGAUGUUGCUUCUUGUAAUGCUGCUCUUGAAGCCUGCUGUUUUUGCCUUCAAUCGGUAACUGAUGCUAACAGAGUUGUUGAAAUUAUGUCCAAGCUCGGUGUUAAGCCUGAUGUGUUUAGUUUUGGAUUUCUUGCUUAUUUAUAUGCACUUAAAGGGUUACAAGAUAAGAUAGACGAGUUAAAAGUUUUGAUGGUUGGUUUUGGCUACUCCAAAAACAAUAAAUGUUUUUAUUCUAAUUUGAUUAGUGGCUAUGUUAAGUCUGCUAAUUUAGUUUCUGUAGAGUCGACAAUUCUUAGCAGUUUGAAUGAUAGAGAUGAUGAGGGGGAAGUUUGGAGUUUUGAUAGAGACACUUUUUGUUUAGUAGUUAAGGAAUAUCUUCAUAAGGGAAAUAUUAAGGGUUUAGCUAAUUUGAUUAUCGAAGCUCAAAAAUUAGAGUCUUCGAAUAUCAAAGUUGACGAGUCUAUAGGUUUUGGUAUUGUUAAUGCUUGUGUUAGUAUUGGAUUAUCAGACAAAGCGCAUAAUAUUCUUGAUGAGAUGAAUGCUUUGGGAGGCUCUGUGGGUCUUGGGGUCUAUGUGCCGAUCUUGAAGGCUUACUGCAAAGAGAAUCGAACUGCGGAGGCUAGUCUAUUGGUGACCGAGAUUAGUAGUUCAGGUCUAAAGUUGGACGUGGAAACCUAUGAUGCUCUGAUAGAAACAUCCAUGUCCGGUCAAGACUUUCAGUCGGUCUUUUCUCUGUUUAGGGACAUGAGAGGGGCGAGGGUUCUUGAUUUGAAAGGGAGUUACUUGACUAUAAUGACAGGUUUGAUGGAGAAUCAUCGACCUGAAUUGAUGGCAGCUUUCUUAGAUGAGGUGGUUGAGGAUCCUCGUAUUGAAGUGGGUACUCAUGAUUGGAAUUCUAUAAUCCACGCUUUUUGUAAAGCCGGGAGGCUAGAAGAUGCAAGGAGAACUUUUAGAAGGAUGACAUUCCUGCAAUUUGAGCCGAAUGACCAAACAUACUUGUCCCUGAUUAACGGAUAUGUUUCGGCAGAAAAAUAUUUUGAUGUAAUGAUGUUGUGGAAUGAGGUUAAGCGAAAGUUAGCAGGGGAUGGGCCGAAGGGGAUCAAAUUUGACCAGAAUCUGGUUGAUGCAUUCUUGUAUGCUAUGGUCAAGGGAGGUUUCUUUGAUGCUGUGAUGCAAGUUGUGGAGAAAUCUAAAGAGAUGAAAAUAUUUGUUGAUAAGUGGAGAUACAAGCAAGCGUUCAUGGAGACACAUAAAAAGCUCAAAGUGGCCAGGUUAAGGAAAAAGAAUGUCAGAAAAAUGGAAGCGCUUAUUGCUUUUAAGAAUUGGGCUGGCUUAAAUGCAUGAACUGUAUCCACAGCUGAGUGACCUCUUAUCCCAUGGAUUAAACAACCACUUCAGGAUAAAACAGAAUUUCUCUCUCUCUCGCCGUCGCUAUUGAAUCCGUGACUGUUGGUCUUACCGGUCUUGGUGGUUAGGGAAAUGACAGUUAACGAAGGAUUCAUUUCAAAAUGGGAGUUCUUUCAAGAAGCGUGCUUUGAUUUCACAAAUUCAGAACACUUCAAUUUUUUACAUACUCUGAUAACAACAGAAGUUUUACCUGGCGGGAACAGGGUGAUGCUUCAAUUUCACAAUUUUUUCCUUCAAUAUCAAAGUGUGUACAGGAAUAGUUUUUCUUUUGCCUUAUAGUUGAGUUUGUGUAAAUUUCAGUAUUGCUCAUUUAUGUUUUUCUUCUAUGUUCUUUCUAAUGUUUUCGAGGUUUGUUUUUUAUUGUGGAUUUUUCAGGAUAUGCCUCUUUAUAGACUGUUUUAUAUGUGUUUGGACAUCAUAUUAUCAGUUUAAAUAAAUUAAGUUGGUUGUAUUCCCAUUGGACUUAAAAAUUUGGUUUUUUUAUGAUGCCAGUUUAUUUUGUAUGAUCAAUGUUUUUUAUUGUGUUUCUUAGUGGAAUUUUCAUCAGGCCGUUUCUACGGUAAAAGAGAUGUCAGAUUUUGUGGACUAGUAGAAGAGAUAUCAGUUCUUGAGUGCUACAUUGUGAGCAGACUAGUAGAAUGGAUGUAAAGCUGUAAAAUGUAAAAGAGAAAUCAGAUUUUGUGGAUUGUGGUUUGAAAAGAAACUGUCUUAGAAAGGUUUUAACGUAGUAAGCUUUAGGUUGUUGAUAAUUUUCUUUGGAAGAUAUAUUGUUAAACUUCA